AUGCCUCUUACUCCCGAAGACAUUGUCAGAAAGUACGUUGACGACGGAAGCUCGCUGGAGCGGGUGAACCAGCGCAAAUCCAACCUCAAGAUCGCCAUCGUCGAGCCCAACCCGGCGUGGCCGCAGCGCUUCCUCGACGUCAAAGCCCGGAUCGACGCUGCGCUGGGGUCGACAGCGCUCGCAGUCUUUCACGCCGGAUCGACCAGCGUGCCCGGCCUGCCGGCCAAGGACGUCAUCGACGUGGACCUGGUGGUGCGGGACGUCGAGGACGAGGCCGCGUACGUCGACGCGCUCGGGCGCGCGGGCUUCGUCUUCCUCUUCCGCGAGCCCGCGUGGCACCAGCACCGCUUCUUCGUCGACGAGGGAGACCGCCCACUUGACGACGGAUACCCGGUCAACCUGCACGUCUUUGGGCCCGACUGCCCCGAGGUCGAGAGACACCGUAUCUUCCGCGAGUGGCUCGUCCGGUCGCCCGACGACCGUCACCUCUAUGCCACCGUCAAGCGCGAGUGCGCCAUGGCCGCCGAGACGGCCGGCGAGUCCAUGCAAGAAUACACGGUGCGCAAGGACAAGGUAGUCGGAGAGAUUCUGGACCGCGCAUUUCGCGAUCUGGGCUAUAUCAAGUAA